UGCUCGGCUCUCUCCGUUGUCUCCCCCUCACCCUCAGCCGCCUCUCCUCCACCACGUCCCCCUCCCCCCUCAGCCCCUGCUCGAUGGAGCUGAGUGAGGUGGUGACCAUCCUCGACUCCGUCGCCCCUCCCUCGCUGGCCGAGAGCUGGGACAAUGUGGGGCUGCUGCUGCGGCCCUCCACACCCCCUCCCCACCGCUCCGUCCUCCUCGCCAUUGACCUCACUCCCUCCGUGCUCCUCGAGGCCAUCUCCCUCCCCGCCCAGCUGCUCCUCGCUUACCACCCUCCCCUCUUCCACCCCCUCCGCAGGCUAGGAGGGGAGUCGUGGAAGGACUGCCUCCUGGCCAGGGCGCUGGAGAACAGGGUCGCCGUUUACUCCCCUCACACCGCCCUCGACGCCAUCCCGGGGGGAGUCAACGACUGGCUGGCUGGAUGUUUAGGUGAGACUUCCUCCACACUGUCCCAUCACACACUCCUCCGUGGGUGCAUCCCAUUGCUUAAUGACUUCCUUACCCUCACAGAUGAUCUUUUCCCAAUCAGCAGUGAAGUGUGGAAUGGGUGCCCCGGGUCCCGUCUCUCUCUCACCUGUGACCAGUCAGCGCUGGUGGCGAUUGUUCGAAUAUUCGGAGAGUUCGAGGAAAUGAAGGAUGGCGUCGAGAUUACUCGUUUGGAGAAGGUCCCUGUGCCAGGGGCAGGGAUGGGAAGAUUCUGUCGCCUUUCAGAGGCAAAACCUCUCCAGACACUGGUAGACCGAGUGAAGGAACGUCUGGGUUUAACUCGAGUUCGUCUGGUCCUAGGGAGUGGACACAGUCUGG